GUCGCAUUCUCAGUCACAAGUAGAGCCAGCACCAGAACGAUUCAAAAAUUCUACGUUGCCUGUUUCGGUGUAACAUUCCUUUGUACACAUCAUAUAUAUUUUAAAAAUCAUUUGUACUUUUGAAAGCGGAGAGUAUGGAGAUAACUGUGCCGCCGGAGGAUGCCCACUGGUCGUUGAAGUUCGUGGACAUUUGGAAGCCCUUUCCGCAGCAGAUUGUGGCCAACGCCACCUACAAGGUAAUCCGAUUCUUUUAUCCCCCCUUCGCCGUGGAAGCGGUCAAUGUCACCCACGUGGUCAGCGAUCCCGAGCUGAACGGUUUAAACGUGGCUCUGCUACUGGGCUUUCCCCUCUUUCUGGCCGGCAUCGGCUAUGGGGUGUAUAAAUAUGUGCUGAGAGUGAACCGAGUGGUCCGAAAGGCGCCGGCGAGACUGGACGAACUGGAGGCGCGCAUGAAGGCCAAGUACGGCCCGGAGUACAAGCAGGGAAUCUGGAAGCGAAGGGACAUCCCUGAGCCUUUCCUGGAUUUGAAGAGCCCCUGCGAACCGGUUGUUCAGAGCAAGCACGACCUUGAGACCAAGUCAUCCAACGUUUUCGUGGAUACCCACUGGCUGCCCGAGUCCAUCGAGAACUUUAUCAACGCCGACACUUCCGAGGAGAAUAGCAAGGCGAAUGUCACCUUCAAGGAGGAGGUCGAGUACCGCUUUUUUGACGGUAGCUCCCGGGUGGCUCUCCAUUCAGAUCUGGUGGAGCAAAUCAUAAGGACGGUCAAAGAGAGUUCUGCCGUGAAGCGCAAGGGCGCGAAGACGCCCCCACGAGCGUAGAAAAAUUACUUCCCGACUUGUUCACUCUCUCUCUCUAAAGUAACCCAGCAUUUUUGUAUCCUUUAAACGGAAAAAUCGAUUUAA